AUGCGCUCAUGGGGAGCACUGGGUGUUGCGCUCCAUGCCUCUCUGCUGGCGCUGCUGGCUCAGGGGAUUCAUAAACCCAGUGAUGGAGUUCCUAUAAAGCCGGUGCACCGUUUUGCCUUGAUGGACCGAGGAGCUGGAUAUCACCUGCCAAGCUACAUGAUGCAACUUUACAGGAAUUUCAGGUCGAACUUCUCCGGACUUGCGGAUACUACGGAACAAGAUGCAACAAAACAAGCAGACACCGUGAAGAGUAUGAUGGCUAAAAGCUUGAUGUACAGACAGAAAUGUUGGGUGGUGACCUUUGACCUCCACGCCCUGGGGGCUGACAAACAAAUCCAGGCAGCAGAGUUGAGAAUCAAACUUCCUCGGACACUGAAUAUUUCCAACAUCAGUGUGGAGGUGUAUCACCAGCGUGACCAGGAGCAGCAGCUGGUGGCACGGCUCACAGAGUCAUCACUAGUCACAUCAUCACAGAGCUGGAAAGUAUUCAACAUGACAAGCCCACUCUUGAGCUGGCUUAAAGAGAACUCAACCACAAGAAUUCGACACAAGAGAGCGUCAAGAAGAAGGAAAGCGAUAAAGAAAAAGCGAGGCCUUUCUCUUCCCGAUGAGCCUGUUUAUGUAGCAAGUGUGGCAAAAGAGCAGGACGUGAGCGACCGGGCCUUACUCGUUGUCUUCUCACACACAGGCUCUGACGAAAACUCAACGACUAAAGCGAGCUUGCUCCAUACAGCUGAACAAUCCAAGUUCUUCUCCCCUGCUGAAAUCAAAAAGGCCCACUGGCCAAAGAGGCGCAGGAGCAAGCGGGGACAGAGAGAGCAAACAGCAAGAAGCCCACAGCUGUUCAAAAGAGUGAGUGAAAAAUUGUUCUGUCGCAAAGUGGACCUUCUUGUCGACUUUAACCUGAUUGGCUGGGGGUCCUGGAUUGUCUUUCCUAAAAAAUACAAUGCCUACCGCUGUGAAGGCUCCUGCCCUAGUCCUCUGAGAGUUGACCUAAAUCCAACCAAUCAUGCCUACAUGCAGAGUCUACUGAAACAUUUCCACCCUGACAGAGUGGCAUCACCCUGCUGCGCUCCAACAAAAAUGAGCCCGUUAAGCAUGCUGUACUACGAAAACGGAGAGAUGCUCCUUCGACACCACGAAGACAUGAUUGUGGAUCAAUGCGGGUGCCAGUGA